CGACGAACAAAGAUAUGGGGAUUUUCACAGUGCUUUGUACACCACUCUGCCUUCUGUUUUUCUUCCUCUGUCUUAAAGCUGCCUUCUCAUCCUCUAUACAUGCUUCUUCCCUCUCAGCAGCACAUCUCUGCUCUCAUGAGGAGGCUCUUGCUUUGCUGCAAUUCAAGGCCUCCUUUUCCAUCAAUUUCAUUGCUUCUAAUCCUGAUUUAUGUGAACAUUAUUAUACCAAACCUUAUUCUAAGACUGAAUCAUGGAAGGAAGGUAUAGACUGUUGUUCCUGGGAUGGGGUUAGCUGUGAGAAUGUCAUAGGUCAUGUAAUCGCCCUUGAUCUCAGCUGCAGUCUCCUUUUUGGUACCUUUCCUUCCAACAGCACUCUUUUUCUCCUCAAAAACCUGCAGAGCCUCAAUCUUGCCUUCAAUGAUUUUAGGCUGUCCAAGAUUCCACCAGAAAUUAGUCAGUUUACGAGACUGAAGCAUCUUGAUGUUUCUUCUUCUCGAUUUUUGGGCCAAGUUCCAGCAGAAAUUGCUCACCUCCCCAAGUUAGUUUCUCUCAAUCUCUCCAAUCAUUAUGAUUCUUCUCACUUGAUCCUUGAAACAACUACCUUCAAAAAUCUUGUUCAUAACUUGAGUGAGGUGAGAGAACUUGAUCUUCGUGGAGUGAACAUGACAUCUGUUAAUCCUCGUUUCUUCAUGAAUCUCUCUUCUUCUUUGACUACUCUUGAUCUUUUCAACAGUGGGUUAAGAGGAAAUUUUCCAAACAGUAUUUUCCACUUUCCAAAUCUCAAGAAUUUUUAUUUAAGUGGAGAGCCAAACCUCACAAUUGAUCUUCCAAGUUCCAAUUGGAGCAGUCCUCUCCAACGAUUGUAUUUAGGUGACAUGGAUUGCGGACGGCGAUUGCCAGAGUCUAUAGGAGAUCUAAAGUCAUUACAGUAUCUGUGUCUUAUCUGCAACUUGGAAGUUUCCAUUCCAGCUUCCAUAGGUAAGUUAAGGCAACUUACUAGCCUAUACCUCUGUCUUAACAAUCUCAGCGGAGAAAUCCCAUCAUCACUUGCAAACCUCACCCAACUUAGUGAUCUUGACCUUUCAAAUAAUCAGUUUUCUGGUCCCAUUCCAACUUCCAUAGGUAACUUAAGGCAACUUACUAGACUAGCCCUUUAUUCUAACGAUCUUAGCGGAGAAAUCCCAUCAUCACUUGCAAACCUCACCCAACUUAGUGAUCUUGACCUGUCACAUAAUCAGUUUUCUGGUCUCAUUCCAGCUUCCAUAGGUAACUUAAGGCAGCUUACUAGACUAGCCCUCUAUUCUAACAAUCUUAGCGGAGAAAUCCCAUCAUCACUUACAAACCUCUCCCAACUUACCUUUCUUCACCUUUCAAAUAAUCAGUUUUUUGGUCCCAUUCCAGCUUCCAUAGGUAACUUACAGCAACUUACUGGACUAGCCCUUUAUUCUAACAAUCUUAGCGGACAAAUCACACCAUCACUUGCAAACCUCACACAACUUAGUGAUCUUGACCUUUCACAUAAUCAGUUUUCUGGUCCCAUUCCUUUUCAUGCUAUUAGGUUUUCCAAACUAAUGCAUCUAGACUUGUCUUAUAACUUACUUAAUGGCACGUUGCCGCCUUGGAUUUUCACCCUGCCUUUGUUAGAGUACUUUUAUCUCAAUCAUAACCAAUUUCAAGGUCAAAUAAGUCAAUUCCAGCAAAACUCACUCACACACAUAGAUUUAGUUAUAUGUGUUGGAGCUAUUCUGUCUUCCUUUGAACUCCAGGCAUCUGACUUUCGGACAACUUUGAGAAACGAACCAUUCUUGCAGCUUUUCCAUUCUCUAUAUGUAUAUCCUUUAACUGUGAGCUUGAGUUGGAAAAGGAAUCUAUUCGUAAGAGUUGAGCUAAGAAAGGAUGAUGCAGAUGUUCGUAGACAACCUUCAGAGGCAAUGUAUCCAAGGGAACCUGGUUUAUCACUUCAGAAGUGGGCUCACAUGCAAGUUGCAGAAGAGCUCUUUCUCCUGCCUUAUCUCCUUGGCUCUUUCCAACUAUCUGAACCUUUCUUGCAGAAGAGCAAUGGAUGGAUGAACCACUGUUGGAUCAAUCUAUUAAUAACUCUUAAAGGAUAAUAAAGGAAAGGAUAAUAAAGAAUUUUUGAUAUA